UGCAGUACUUCAAACUGUUGAUCAACAAUAUGUGUACAGAUAGAUACUGCUCAACACCGAGUUCAGUCUCACUGUGGGACGCAGCCCUAGGGAAUUGAUCACUUUGAGGUUGACUCGUUCUAUUUGCAGGUCCUUAUUACUGUAGCACUCUCAGAUCAGUUUAAUCUUUGCUGCUCGGAGCAUUGCUGUUUCACCCAGGCUCAUUGUUGCUGUGUUUACGUGAGCAGAGAGAGAGAGAGAGAGAGAGCAGACAGUUUGCCUUGGGCUGGUGCUAUUUACAAGCACUAAUAGACUCUUUGUAGACAAAUAAGCGAUCAUCAGCAUCUCUGCCAAUGGCGCUUCAAACCUGUUACACGCAAUUUCCUCAGUGGGGAUUUGAAUUCCAGAAUCAAUCAUUGGAAGAAACAUCGGAGUUUGACCUGCAGGAUUUCAAGGAUGUUGGUAUGAUAAUGUGCGACCCAUCAUCUUUGAUGCAGCCCAUGUCCAUGACUGAUAUAGAACUGCCACUCUCUGACUACGUGUCUGAUCUUGAAGCAUGCAUUUCGUCCUCAAUCCCGGGUGUGCACGAUUCUCUGAUGGAGAUGAAUCUGCAGGCAGACAACUCACAGUCACCUGAGCAAUUUUGGAAGGAUGUGGCAGAAGAAAAUCAAAAAGCUCUAGGAGAUGCUCUGGAGGAAAAUGAACAUCUGCAAGUCACUUUAAAGAGAAAACAAUAUGAAAUUGUAUCACUGAAGGAAAGGAAUGUUCAAUUGAAAGAACUUGCCAGUAAGGCAAAACAUUUGGCACUUAUACUUGAUAAGCUAAUGAAGCAGGAAUGCCAGAAUGGCAGCGACACCAUGUCUGAGACCUUUCCCUUGAAAUCCUCAGCUAAGCGCCAAAGAGUGGAGGGCACAUACUUUGACAACCAGGACUGUGAUAAAGUGGAUGAGAUUUUAAGAGACAUCUCAGAAAAAUGCAAUGUAGCCUUGCAAACAUUGAAUGACAAAGACUCUAAACAGUUCAGAGCAAACCACUGCUCAGAAGAAACCAGUUAUAAUAAAAGCCAGGAAACUAUCAACAUGUAUGGAAGUUUCAAUGGGCUUCAAACAUCUUUGGCUUGCAAUGCAGCCAGUUUAGAAACCAGUGAGCUGGAUAAUGAUGUGUCUUUCAAGACUUCAAUUCGUGAUCACUGCACAAUAAGGACAUUAGCUUUUCCUCAGGGUAAUGCAUUUACCACCAGGACUCCCAGCGGUGGUUUCAAAUUUCGAUGGAUUCCCAGUUGAUUGGGAUGAUCAGCUAACUACACUGACAAGUGGGACUUCAGUAACUGUACUUUAGCAAAUACCUUACAUGAAAGAAUUCCAUGCAACACCUUUGCACUGCCAGCACUUAGAAAAUGUAAUCUGCCCCAACAAGCAUUAU